UUAUUCCAGUAUCACCCAGGGUGCAGCUACACCAGGGGCUGUAUUGAAGGGUGUUUUUUUCUUUUAAAUGUAAUACCUCCUCAUCUUUUCUUCUUAAACAGUGCCUGAGAACAUUUACACUAUAGAUAAGUAGUACAUGGUGGAUAAAUUCUACUUUCAAGAGGACUACUCUCUUCUGACAGUUCUAGAUUGGUCCUCUACACUAAGACAAUAUGAAGGAAUAUAUGCUUCUACUGUUCCUGGCUUUGUGCUCUGCCAAACCCUUCUUUAACCCUUCACAUAUAACAUUGAAGAAUAUGAUGCUGAAGGAUAUGGAAGACACAGACGACAAUGAUGACGAUGACGAUGACAACUCUCUUUUUCCAACAAGAGAGCCACGGAGUCCCUUUUUCCCAUUUGAUCUGUUUCCAACCUGUCCAUUUGGAUGUCAGUGCUACUCACGAGUUGUACAUUGUUCUGAUCUGGGUUUGACCUCAGUCCCAAGCAACAUUCCAUUUGAUACUCGAAUGGUUGACCUUCAAAACAAUAAAAUUAAGGAAAUCAAAGAAAAUGAUUUUAAAGGACUCACUUCACUUUAUGCUCUGAUUCUGAACAACAACAAGCUAACAAAGAUUCACCCAAAAACCUUUCUAACCACAAAGAAGUUACGAAGGCUAUAUUUGUCCCAUAAUCAACUAAGUGAAAUACCACUUAAUCUUCCCAAAUCAUUAGCAGAACUCAGAAUUCAUGAUAAUAAAGUCAAGAAAAUACAAAAGGACACAUUCAAAGGAAUGAAUGCAUUGCAUGUUUUGGAAAUGAGUGCAAACCCUCUUGAUAAUGAUGGGAUAGAGCCAGGGGCAUUUGAAGGGGUGACAGUGUUCCAUAUCAGAAUUGCAGAAGCAAAACUGACCUCAGUUCCUAAAGGUUUACCACCAACUUUACUGGAGCUUCAUUUAGAUUUUAAUAAAAUUUCGACUGUGGAACAAGAGGAUUUUAAACGAUACAAAGAACUGCAAAGGCUGGGCCUAGGAAACAACAGAAUCACAGAUAUCGAAAAUGGAAGUCUUGCUAACAUCCCACGUGUGAGAGAAAUACAUUUGGAAAACAAUAAACUCAAAAAAAUCCCUUCAGGAUUAUCAGAGUUGAAAUACCUUCAGAUAAUCUUCCUUCAUUCUAACUCGAUUACAAAAGUGGGAGUGAAUGACUUCUGUCCAGUAGUGCCAAAGAUGAAGAAAUCUUUAUACAGUGCAAUAAGUUUAUUCAACAACCCGGUGAAGUACUGGGAAAUGCAACCUGCAGCAUUUCGUUGUGUUUUGAGCAGAAUGAGCGUUCAGCUUGCGAACUUCAGAAAGUAAUAACUAACGUCCACUUAAUAUAAAAUUCAAAAAUUCUUACAUUUGGAAUACUUGAACUCUAUUAUUAACAGUGGUAUUAUUCACACAAGCAAAAACCUAUUCCAACGUGGUAAUAAGUCCACUG